CUGCACUCUCUCAUUCAACCUCUGUAGUCAGCAGAAUGAGAGGCUGAGCAGAGCGGAGCAACACGGCAUCCACGGCUACAGCAUCCUGCAGUGGACUCUUGCUCCAUGGAGGAGAGGAAGGGGAAAAAAGAGGCCGUGUUGGAGAAAAACGGGUAGAUCCACACAUGAAAAGAGAGCAGAGAGGGGAGGGAAAGCACAGAAGGAGUAAGAGCGCAAAAUGAAAGGAACUGAUUAAACAGCGUUGCUUGAGGACCACUGCAGCUAUACUAAAUCUGGAGCUGUCAGGCCAACCCUCAGCGAAGCAGUGAGUGAGAGAGGCGAGGGAGCAGAGGAGAGAAAAAGAAGUGAUUUAGAGAGCUGAUCUCAUCACUCUGGACUAACAGGGAUGGGACCCACAAGAGCCUCUCCGUCAGCAGAUCAAACUUCACACAGGAAAAGUGCCUUUCAAUCACCAGUGUGAACCUGCCUCUUUAGAGGAGAGAAGGGAGUUAUUCUAUUAGUUCCCUAAAGGUCAUACAAACCUCGCACAGGAUCUUUGACCGCUGCGCUGCUGAGUGCAGCUCAAGUCUCCACUGUCCUUGCUCCCCCAUCGCACCUGCCUGCUCCCGGUGAAUGUUUUCUCUGCAUGCACACUCACUGCUCGGCAGUUGAACACACUCAUGGUCGAUGCCAAGGGAAGGAACAUGAAAUGUCUGACUUUCUUCUUAAUGCUUCCUGAGUCAGUGAAAAGCAAGUCAAGUAAAAGCUCCAAGAAAGGGAAUGCGAGUGGCAGCUCCAAGCUGCCCCCAGUCUGUUAUGAGAUAAUCACACUUAGGAGCAAGAAAAAGAAGAAGAUGGCAGCGGAUAUUUUUCCCACCAAAAAGCCGGCAUCCACCACCACAGUGCAACAGUACCAGCAGCAGAACCUCAACAACAACAACACAAUUCAGAACUGUAACUGGCAGGGACUCUACUCCACUAUAAGAGAGAGAAAUUCUGUGAUGUUCAACAAUGAGCUGAUGGCAGAUGUUCACUUUGUUGUGGGUCAGCCUGGAAGGACCCAGCGACUUCCGGGACACAGAUAUGUGUUGGCUGUGGGCAGCUCGGUGUUUCAUGCCAUGUUUUACGGUGAACUUGCUGAGAACAAGGAUGAAAUCCACAUACCAGAUGUGGAACCGGCAGCAUUUCUGGCAAUGCUGAAGUACAUUUACUGUGAUGAAAUUGACCUGAGUGCUGACACAGUGUUGGCCACUCUUUACGCUGCCAAGAAGUACAUUGUCCCUCACCUGGCACGUGCCUGUGUCAACUUCCUGGAGACCAGUCUGAGUGCCAAGAACGCCUGCGUGUUGCUCUCUCAGAGCUGCCUGUUCGAGGAGCCAGAGCUGACGCAGCGCUGCUGGGAGGUGAUUGAUGCCCAGGCCGAGCUGGCGUUACGCUCAGAGGGCUUCUGCGACAUCGAUGCCCAAACCCUGGAGAGUAUCCUACAGCGGGAAACACUCAACGCUAAAGAGAUAGUGGUAUUUGAGGCUGCACUUAGCUGGGCAGAGGCCGAGUGCCAGAGACAAGAGCUCACCUCGUCGACUGACAACAAGCGUAAGGUUUUGGGCAAGGCCAUGUACCUGAUACGUAUCCCUACGAUGGCUCUGGAUGAUUUCGCCAAUGGAGCAGCCCAGUCGGGCGUGCUGACGCUUAAUGAGACCAAUGACAUCUUCCUGUGGUAUACAGCUGCCAAGAAGCCAGAGCUGCAGUUUGUCAGUCAGCCUAGGAAGGGCCUCACCCCCCAGCGUUGCCACAGAUUCCAGUCCUGUGCCUACCGAAGCAAUCAGUGGCGCUAUCGGGGCCGCUGUGACAGUAUACAGUUUGCAGUGGAUAAAAGAGUUUUCAUUGCUGGGUUUGGACUGUAUGGAUCUAGCUGUGGCUCAGCAGAGUACAGCGCCAAGAUCGAGCUGAAACGUCAAGGAGUACUGCUUGGACAAAACCUCAGCAAAUACUUCUCUGACGGUUCCAGCAACACUUUCCCGGUGUGGUUUGAGUAUCCGGUCCAGAUCGAGCCAGAUACCUUCUACACCGCCAGCGUGGUUCUCGACGGGAAUGAGUUGAGCUACUUUGGACAGGAAGGAAUGACAGAAGUACAGUGCGGGAAAGUAACAUUUCAAUUCCAGUGCUCCUCAGACAGCACUAACGGCACUGGCGUGCAAGGAGGGCAGAUCCCAGAACUUAUCUUCUAUGCUUGACGAGACCUGGUUAAACUUCUGGCUGAUUCUCAGUGCACUUUUGAAAAUGGAAAUGUAUCACUUUGUGCAUAGUGUCACUUUCUGUUAUUUAUUUUUGUCACUAUUGUGCAGGAAAAAAAGAUCAGAUCUCAGACCUGUGAAAGGGUCUUAUGUGUUUUGGAAUUUAGUAAGUGGUCCACUUCAGUAGGACCAUAUAUUGUAUAUGUUUCAAGAUGUGGAUUUACACAAAUACACCAAUCAACUGGUCUUAACCUCCCAAAAAAACAACAAAAAAGCAGACAUCUUGCACUAAAUGUGCCUGUAGAUAGUAAUAUAUUGUACAUUCUGAAAUGUAUAUAUAAUUCCACAACUGUGGCCAGUGCUGCCCACAAAGAAAUCAUAUAUAAUGAAUACGCUACAGUAUGUUUAUUAUUUCUAUGCUUGCAUAGAAGGCACAUAUAGAGCAGCAAUACUUCACAUUCUGUAUUGUAUGAUGAACAUUUCAUGUCAUGACAUCAUCGGCAUCACAAAGGAAGUGAAAGUGGCUGUGUGAUAUUCAAAACCAACACCAAAUUUCAAGUCACGAUUCCAUAAAAAAAAACAAAAAAAAAAACACAACAACAAAAAAAAAAUGCACUACUGAUUCCUGUUGUAUGUACGAACCAUUUGAGAAAAUUCAAUCUGACUCUUGAUUGAUUCUUUGACUGUAGUAACAGGGCACUUAAUGAGGGCUUAAGGGGUCUUAGAUUAGGGAGCACUAGAUAUAAGUCACACAACCCCUCUGUAGCAUGUUGCUCUACACCUACACCCACUCCACUGAGGUUCCAUUAUCUUUACAGUUAAAAUUAGGACUUCUGGCUACUCACUACUACAUGGUAGACCAAGGGAUUUCUUUGAUUUUCUAUCUAAACCUGUCUGCACUGGAGUACUUACAGCAUGGGCAAAGCUGCUCCAUUUCAUCUGAUGUGUACUACUAAUUGUUCUGGCGCCUUGGUUUUGUUUACAGUGAAAAAGAUCAACAUUGAUUCUGUGUUAGAAGCCGUUUAUGGACUUUUACUUCCCUUAAAGACCCUGCGCACUCUGAACUGCUGAGCACUCCCUCCCAAUGUGAUUGUACAGUAUCAGUAUUUGCAGAAGCAUACUGUACAUGCUACAGAAUUGCACUGAUGUUGGUUUGUAAAUGAAUUUGUUUUGUUUUACUCCAGUGAGGGAGUUUGUUUUGAUUUUUUUUUAUUUGCUGUGCUACUGAAUAUUCGCCUGCUGAUGACAGUGGACGGGUAAACUGGUGUUCAUGUCCUGUGUUUACGUGCUACAGUGCUGGGAGACCGACGAAUGUGUAUGGUUGUUGAUGAUGGAAAUAAACAAAAAGAAGUGGUUGGUGCUGGCUGUGUAGCCCAUCUGUAAAAAGUGAUAAAGCUACGUACUUUGCCUGAAAUUAGGAGGGGCGACAGAUGAUGCCCAUCGGCACUGCAGUGAUUUACAAUGCCAAGAAGAACUCUGUUGAUUGAUGAUGCCUGUCUUCCUCCAACUUUUACAUCCUGUCUGUCAAACCUUAACUCUGUUCCGUCUCCCGAUUAAACACGCAAUAUUACACCUCACAGCUUAGCCAAUAUUGUAUGCCAUCUUGCCUGCCAUUAUAAAGAAUGGCUCCUUAAGGCCAUCACAUCUCAUGAUUCAAAAGAUAGAAAACAAAUCGAAAAACAAUCUCAAAGCACCAAAGUUUUUCAUUCACAGCUUGGCUGCUUGACCCAGAGUUGAUCUCGAAGCAUCUGUCUCCUGAGAUGAACUCAAAAAUUUCAAUCACAGAUACCAUUCUCAUAGAUGAUAAAACAAUAAAGUAAAGGCAGAUUUUUAAUUCUCUCCGAUUGCCUGAUACGCUAUAAAACUCCCAAACAAGAGUCAUUGGUUGAAUAUAUAUAAGCAAAUCUUUGUGAGCUGUGCGUUCAAAAUGAUAAUCCCUCCUGGGAGCUCAGGGCAGGUACUUGAUUACAAAGGCACUCGAUAAUACCGGGACUAGGUUUGACACUGGCAAUGAGCAUAAGGUUCUUGAUGAAUUGAGCUAAAUCGGUUGGGGUUGCUUGGUGCUUUAGUGCAAUUUUUCAUGACUGUGGCACUGAUGUUGUAAGCAAAAUCAUUAAUUAUAUUAAAGGAGG